AUGGCGCUCUGCUGCUACUUCCUCGUCGCCGAGCCGCACUACUACGUCAAGCUCCGCGCAGAGCUCGACGCCGCCUUCCCCGAGCCGCUCGGCCACCUCGCGCCCGCCACGCUCGCGACGCUCCCGUUCCUGAACGGCGCCAUCCACGAGGUCCUCCGCCUCGGCUCGCCCUACUUCCUCCCGCGCGUCGCAGGCCCCGGCGGCGCCAAGAUCGACGGGCGCUACAUCCCCGAGGGCACGAUCGUGGCGCUCGCGGCGUACUCCCAGCAGACUAGCCCCGAUAACUUCUACCCGGAGCCGAUGCCCCAGGGCCUGGGCCCGGACACGAAGACGAACAAGGCCGUGCUCGCGUCUUUCUCCUUUGGGCCCCACUCGUGCAUCGGCAAGAUCCUGGCGUGGCAGGAGCUGCGGUACUGCCUCUCGCGCGUCGUGCUCGCGUUCGACAUGGAGUUCAAGCCUGGUUUCAACGUGCAAGAAUUCCGCGACGGAAUUUUGAACAUGCGUACGACUCUGCUCGAGAAGGAUAUGUUCAUGAAGGUCACGCGCCGCGCGGGCGUCGAUCUGGACAAGGUUUUUGCUACGCUCGAGACCCAGUAA